AUGCUCUCUCCUCCCUUAUCUGUGCAUGCCAAAACAGAUACCUCCACGACUUUAGCUCUACACGCGACUGGCAGGAUUCCAGUGAGUGACAGUGCGAGCCUCCAGCAGUUGAUGGUUUGCCGGACGUCCUCAGAUGGGAUCCGUGUCCAGGGGGCGGUGGAGAAGGGGGCACGGCCGCCCCUCACUGCUGCUAAAGACGAGGAGACCACAGAGGAGCCAGAAGAGGCGUCCAACAAAUACCACAUUUCAAAGCCCACGCUGUGCUCAGUGCACCCGGGGGAGGUGCUGAAGCUGAGCUGCCCAUUGCCACUGAAGGGAACCAUCACCUGGACCAAAGAUGGCCGCUCACUGGGCACCAACAAUCGCACACUGAUAGAGCAGGACCUGCUGCAGAUACGUGAUACUACGUCCAAGGACUCAGGCCUGUACGCCUGCACCAGUGUGGGCCCAGACACAGUCUGCUUCAUAGUCAAUGUGACAGAUGCCAUCUCAUCGGGUGAUGACGAGGACGAUACUGAGCGCUCGGAGGACACAGGGGGCGACGGGGAGCAGUUAAGUGCCCCGUAUUGGACGUCGUCGGCAAAGAUGGAGAAGAAGCUUCACGCGGUGCCAGCUGCAAACACAGUGAAGUUCCGCUGUGCUGCAGGAGGCAAACCCACUCCCAAACUGCGAUGGCUCAAGAACAACAGGCCAUUCCGGCAGGAGGACCGCAUGGGGGGCUACAAGGUACGAAGCCAGCACUGGACGCUGAUCAUGGAGAGCGUGGUUCCGUCGGACAAAGGCAACUACACCUGUCUGGUCGAAAACGAGUUUGGAGCCAUUAACCACACAUACACCCUCGACGUCGUAGAGCGCUCUCCACACCGGCCCAUCCUCCAGGCUGGACUCCCGGCUAACACCACGGUCCACGUAGGAGAGGACGCCCGGUUUGUGUGUAAAGUGUACAGCGAUGCACAGCCGCACAUCCAGUGGCUCAAACACAUCAUGCGGAACGGCAGCCGCUUCGGGCCGGACGGACACCCCUACGUGCGCGUGCUCAAGCGCUCUGGCAUUAACAGCACAGACGUGGAGUUUCUGACCAUCACCAACGUGACCGAGAAAGACGCUGGGGAGUAUAUCUGUAAAGUCUCCAAUUAUAUAGGGGAGGCCAACCAAUCGGGGUGGCUCACUGUUAUCCCAGGUAAAACUGCUGAAGACUUGGUCCACCCAGCUUCCUAUGGUGUCCUGCCCUGUGCCAUCUUACUCCUAAUGGUGACGGCUGGUGUUAACACUACAGAUAAGGAGAUUGAGGUUCUCUACUUGCCCAAUGUUACUUUUGAAGAUGCUGGGGAGUAUACAUGCUUGGCGGGUAAUUCUAUCGGGAUCUCCUAUCAAACUGCUAUGUUGACGGUGCUUCCAGCGCCCACAGGCAGGACAAUAGGCCCGAUUCCUCCAGACUACGUGGAGAUUGCCAUAUACUGCACAGGGGUGUUCCUGAUUGCUUGCAUGGUGGUCAUCGUGGUGGUGUGUCGGAUGAAGAACACGGCCAAGAAACCAGACUUCGGAGGCCAGCCUGCCGUCCACAAACUGAGCAAACAGAUCCCCCUGCGCCGCCAGGUUUCGGCGGAUUCCAGCGCAUCUAUGAAUUCAAACACUCCUUUAGUGCGGAUAACGACGAGGAGGAGUUCUGCGCACGACGACCCGAUACCAGAGUACGACCUGCCCGAAGAUCCUCGCUGGGAGUUUAACCGGGAGAGGUUGACACUGGGCAAGCCCCUAGGUGAAGGCUGCUUUGGCCAAGUUGUAAUGGCAGAAGCGCUUGGCAUCGAUAAGGACAAACCCAAGGAGGCCGUAACGGUGGCAGUCAAGAUGCUGAAAGAUGAUGCCACAGAAAAGGACCUGUCCGACCUGGUGUCAGAGAUGGAGAUGAUGAAGAUGAUUGGAAAGCAUAAGAACAUCAUCAAUCUUCUGGGGGCAUGCACACAAGACGGCCCUCUGUACGUGAUAGUGGAGUACGCGUCUAAAGGAAACCUCAGAGAAUACCUCAGAGCGCGCCGGCCGCCCGGGAUGGAGUAUUCCUACGACAUAGCGCGAGUCUCAGACGAACAGCUCACCUUCAAAGACCUCGUGUCCUGCACUUAUCAGGUGGCCCGCGGUAUGGAGUACCUCGCGUCACAGAAAUGUAUACAUAGAGACUUGGCGGCGAGGAACGUUCUUGUCACAGAGAGCAACGUCAUGAAGAUCGCAGACUUCGGCUUGGCCCGGGACGUUCACAAUAUCGACUACUAUAAAAAGACAACAAAUGGUCGUCUGCCAGUAAAAUGGAUGGCUCCUGAAGCACUUUUUGACCGCGUCUACACACACCAGAGUGACGUCUGGUCGUUUGGGGUGCUGAUGUGGGAGAUCUUCACCCUCGGAGGUUCUCCAUACCCUGGUAUCCCAGUCGAGGAGCUCUUCAAGUUACUAAAAGAGGGACAUCGCAUGGACAAGCCCGGAAACUGCACCAACGAGCUGUACAUGAUGAUGAAAGACUGCUGGCACGCCAUCUCGUCGCAGAGACCAACCUUCAAGCAGCUUGUGGAGGAUCUGGACAGGAUCCUGACCCUCAACACAAACGAGGAGUACCUGGACCUGUGCACCCCGACAGAGCAGUAUUCCCCCAGUUUCCCGGACACUCGUAGCUCGUGCUCCUCCGGUGACGACUCUGUGUUCUCUCAUGACCCGUUACCGGACGAGCCCUGCCUCCCCAAAUACCAGCACAUCAACGGGAACGUCAAAACAUGA